GAGGAGGAGGAGGAGGAGGAGCCUCUUUCUCCUGCCACUGGGUGCUCGGUGUGUAGUGUGGUCUUGGGUGUCUACCGGAUUGCCGUGCAUCUUCUUAAACAGUGCAGCCCCUUGUGUUUGAAGAAGGAUUUCACAGUAUGGCGUUGAACCUCACCAUCAACACGAGCAAUCCGCCUCUAGGAGCCCUUCUGACAGCAGAGCAUGUGAAGGGCAGUGUGCAGGUUUCAGUGGAGGAAGGCAAAGACACCCAGCUUCACGUCUCAGAUGCGAUCCAGUUCAAUGAUACCAACUCUAUCAGUCGGUACUUGGCCCGAGUGGCUCCCGCUCUUGGCCUCUACGGAGCCAACAUGAUGGAGCAGACUGAGGUCGACCACUGGUUGGAGUUCAGUGCUCGGAGUCUGUGUGGUCAGCCUGCUCUGAGCAAAGCACUGGGUGAAUUGGAUAAAGCCCUUUCCCUGCGGACCUUCCUGGUUGGACACACCAUCACCCUGGCUGACCUUUCAGUCUGGGCUGCACUCAAAGGUCAUGGGGAAUGGCCGAGCCAGGGCAAGUCCUUCUCCCACGUCAAUCGCUGGUUCUCUUUCCUGAGCUCGCAGGUUCCCUUCACUGCUGUGGGAAACAAGUAUGCCGGGAAGAAAGCUCCAUUGAACAAAGCCAACUCCGAUGAUAAGAAGCAAGAUGUUGGCAAGUUUGCGGAUUUGCCAGGAGCCGAGAUGGGCAAGGUGGUGGUUCGAUUCCCUCCUGAGGCCAGCGGAUACCUGCACAUCGGCCAUGCCAAGGCUGCGCUGCUCAACCAGCACUACCAGGUCACAUUCAAAGGCAAGCUCAUCAUGCGCUUCGACGACACCAACCCUGAGAAGGAAAAGGAGGACUUUGAGAAGGUGAUCCUGGAAGAUGUCGCCAUGCUCCAGAUCAGUCCAGACCAGUUCACCUACACCAGCGACCAUUUCGUCACCAUAAUGGGAUAUGCGGAACAGCUGCUCGCUGAGGGCAAAGCCUACGUCGACAACACGCCUCCUGAGCAGAUGAAGCUGGAGAGGGAGCAGCGCACCGAGUCCAAAUGCAGAAAUAACACCGUGGAGCAGAACAUGAAGAUGUGGUCGGAGAUGAAAGCUGGGACAGAGAGCGGUCAGACCUGCUGCAUGAGGGCCAAGAUCGACAUGAACUCCAACAACGGCUGCCUGAGAGACCCCACCCUCUACCGCUGCAAGAACACGCCCCACCCUCGCACUGGAAGCACCUACAAAGUCUACCCAACAUACGACUUUGCCUGUCCCAUCGUGGACAGUUUGGAGGGUGUGACCCAUGCCCUUAGGACCACUGAGUAUCACGAUCGCGAUGAUCAGUUCUACUGGAUAAUCGAAGCUCUGCGCCUCAGGAAGCCCUACAUCUGGGAGUACGCUCGACUCAACCUCAACAACACAGUGCUGUCCAAGAGGAAGCUCACCUGGUUUGUCGACCAGGGAUACGUCGACGGAUGGGAUGACCCUCGCUUCCCCACUGUCAGAGGAGUCCUGAGGAGAGGAAUGACCGUAGACGGUCUGAAGCAGUUCAUAGCAGCUCAGGGUGGAUCACGGUCAGUGGUGAACAUGGAGUGGGACAAGAUCUGGGCCUUUAAUAAGAAGGUUAUUGACCCGGUAGCUCCCAGGUUCACAGCUCUGUCCAGCUCUUACGUGGUUCCUGUCACCGUCUCCGAGGCUACAGAGGAGAUGAAGGAGGUGGCCAAACACCCUAAGAACGCAGAGGUGGGCAUGAAGAAGGUUUGGUACGGACCUCGAGUUCUGGUUGAAGGAGCCGAUGCUGAGACCUUCUCAGAGGGAGAGAUGGUCACCUUCAUCAACUGGGGCAACCUCAUCAUCACCAAGAUCAACAAAGGGGCCGAUGCUAAGGUCGUGUCCAUGGAGGCUCGUCUGAACCUGGAGAACAAAGACUUCAAGAAGACGACAAAGAUCACGUGGCUGGCCGACACAGACAGUGCCCCCCUGCUACCCACCAUCUGCAUAAACUACCAGCCUCUCAUCUCCAAGGCCGUCAUCACCAAAGAAGACGACUUCAAGGAGUACAUCAAUAAAAACAGCAAGCUGGAGGAGAAGAUGCUCGGCGAUCCUUGUCUGCAGAGCCUGAAGAAAGGUGACAUCAUCCAGCUCCAGAGACGGGGCUUCUACAUCUGUGACCAGCCUUAUGAGCCCAUCAGUCCUAACAGCUGUAAGGAGAGUCCCUGUGUCCUGUUCUACAUUCCUGAUGGACACGUAAAGGAGAUGCCGACUGCUGGAUCCAAGGACAAGGACAAGAGCAAGAGCCAGGCCUCCAACAAAACACCUGCCUCGACCCCGGCCAAAGCUGCCUCAACCUCUGCCCCCACGCCUGCCGCAACCUCAGCCAGUGACUUGUUCUCCAGCAUCUUAGCACAAGGUGAAGCUGUCCGUCAACUAAAGGUUGCCAAGGCUGCUAAAGAAGAGGUGGACAAGGCAGUUCAGCAGUUGCUUUCUCUAAAGGCACAGUUUAAGCAGCAGACAGGUGUGGACUACAAGCCAGGCAUGGCCCCUCCCACCUCAGCUCCAGCCCCGCCCGCCGCAUCAACAGACUCCGCCUCCUGUCCGUUCACCAGAGUUACCGAGCAGGGCGAGCUGGUCAGGAAACUGAAGACAGAGAAGGCACCUAAGGACCAGAUUGACGUUGCAGUGAAGCAGCUCCUCGCUCUCAAGGCGGAGUUUAAAAAGCUGACUGGUCAGGAUUACAAACCUGGGAUGGCCCCUUCCGCUCCUGCCUCUUCCUCUGCUCCGUCUCCUGCGAUCUCCUCUUCUGCUUCCUCCUCCUGCUCUUCUUCCGGCCUGUAUGAGCGCGUUUCCCAACAGGGGGAGAAUGUGAGGAAACUGAAGUCUGAAAAAGCCCCCAAGGACCAGGUUGACGCUGCAGUGAAGCAGCUGCUUGCCCUGAAGGCCGAAUACAAACAGGCUACAGGCCAGGAGUACAAGCCUGGAGCAGCCCCAGUCCAGAAAGCCCCCGCCCCAGUCCAGAAAGCCCCCGCCCCAGUCCAGAAAGCCCCCGUCCCAGUCCAGAACAGUCCUAGCUCUGCCCCUGCUGCCAACGGUCUGCAUGAGAAGGUCUCAGAGCAGGGAGAAGUGGUCAGGAAACUGAAGGGGGAAAAGGCCCCCAAGGAUCAGGUUGACGCUGCAGUGAAGCAGCUGCUUGCCCUGAAGGCCGAAUACAAACAGGCUACAGGCCAGGAGUACAAGCCUGGAGCAGCCCCGGUCCAGAAAGCCCAGGCCCCGGUCCAGAAAGCCCAGGCCCCGGUCCAGAAAGCCCAGGCCCCGGUCCAGAAAGCCCAGGCCCCGGUCCAGAACAGUCCUAGCUCUGCCCCUGCUGCCAACAGUCUGUAUGAGAAGGUCUCUGAGCAGGGAGAAGUGGUCAGGAAACUGAAGAUGGAAAAGGCCCCCAAGGAUCAGGUAGACGCUGCAGUGAAGCAGCUCUUGGCCCUAAAGGCAGAGUAUAAACAGCAGACCGGACAGGAUUACAAACCAGGAUUACAAGCCCCAGGAAGCCAGGCCCAGACCCAGACCAGCUCCUCCUCGACCAAGUCCAGCUCUCCACCGCAGGCCGAGGAACUCUUCUCCCAGGUGACCCAACAGGGAGAGCGAGUGAGGAAGUUGAAAUCCGAGAAGGCCCCCAAGGACCAGGUGGAUGAAGCCGUGAAGUCUCUCCUGGACCUAAAGAGCAGGUACAAGACGCUUACUGGACAGGACUACAAACCAGUGGCCGCUGCUGGAGCCACUGGAGGAGAGGACAAAAACCGCAAGGAGAGAGAGAACAAGUCUGAGAAACAGGGAGGAGGAGGACCAGGAGGAGGAAAGAAGGGUAAAGGAGACAAAGCCAGCCAAGGCAAGGAGGCGUCAGGAGGAGCAGGAGGCUCAGGAGAGGGUCAAGGACCUAAGAAACAAACACGGUUGGGCUUGGAGGCCAAGAAAGAGGAGAACCUUGCCGACUGGUACUCUCAGGUCAUCACGAAAGCGGAGCUGAUUGAGUACUAUGACGUCAGCGGAUGCUACGUGCUGCGGCCGUGGGCCUACUCCAUCUGGGAGGCCAUUCAAGAAUUCUUUAACAAGGAGAUAAGGAAGAUGGGCGUGGAGAACUGCUACUUCCCCAUGUUCGUCUCCCAGGCUGCCCUGGAGAAGGAAAAAAGCCACAUAGAAGAUUUUGCUCCAGAGGUUGCCUGGGUAACCCGGUCAGGAAAGACCGAGCUGGCUGAGCCCAUUGCUGUCAGACCCACCAGUGAGACAGCGAUGUACCCUGCCUACGCCAAAUGGGUCCAGUCCCACAGAGACCUGCCAAUCAAACUCAACCAGUGGUGUAACGUCGUGAGAUGGGAGUUCAAACACCCCCAGCCCUUCCUGAGGACGAGAGAGUUCCUGUGGCAGGAGGGACAUACGGCCUUUGCCACCAAAGAGGAGGCAGAAGAGGAGGUGCUUCAGAUCCUGGAUCUGUACGCCAGGGUGUACGAGGAGCUGAUGGCGAUCCCCGUGGUGAAGGGGAGGAAGACGGAGAAGGAGAAGUUUGCAGGAGGAGAUUACACCACCACUGUGGAAGCCUUCAUCUCUGCCAGCGGCCGAGCCAUUCAGGGUGCUACAUCUCACCAUCUCGGUCAGAACUUCGCCAAGAUGUUCGAGAUCAUGUUUGAAGAUCCAAAGAAGCCUGGUGAGAAACAGCUGGUUUUCCAGAACUCCUGGGGAAUCACAACCAGGACCAUCGGUGUCCUCACCAUGGUCCACGGAGACAACAUGGGACUCGUGCUGCCACCCAGGGUGGCCUGCCUGCAGGUUGUCAUCAUUGCAUGUGGGAUCACUGCCUCCCUGCCGGAGCAGGAGAAGGAGGCUCUGUUGACCCAGUGCUCUAAAUACCUGAACAGGCUGCUGGAUGCUGGCAUCAGGGUGAAGACUGACCUCCGAGAAAAUUACUCCCCAGGAUGGAAGUUCAACCACUGGGAACUCAAGGGAGUUCCUAUACGUCUGGAAGUUGGUCCUAAAGAUAUGCAGCAGCGUCAGUGCGUCGCAGUGAGGAGAGACUCGGGGGCAAAGGUGACAAUUCCUGAGGCUGAGGUCGAGAAGAGGAUGGUCGCCAUGUUGGAGGACAUCCAGACCAGCCUGUUCAACAAAGCUUCAAACGACUUGAAGAGAAAUAUGGUGCCUGCAGACACAAUGGAACAGUUCCAGAAAGAGUUGGACCAGGGCAAGAUGGUCCAGAUCCCGUUCUGUGGAGGAAUCGAGUGCGAAGAUUGGAUCAAGAAAACCACUGCCAAGGACCAGGACCUGGAGCCUGGAGCUCCUUCAAUGGGAGCCAAGAGCCUCUGCAUCCCCUUCUCACCCCUGAAGACCCUGCAGCCUGGUCAGAUGUGUAUCAGUGGCAAGGAGGCGGCCCAGUACUACACCCUGUUUGGACGCAGCUACUGAACACCUGUUCUGCUGGAGAACGAGGGUGAACAUCUUAGUCGAAAAAGGGCUUCCCUACCUUCUCCCAUCUGUUUCUUUUUGUCCGGUCUGUUGUGAGCAUAUAGGGUGAUAGGAGUAUGAGGUGACUGGACUGUGGUAUUAUAAUGGGAAGGUGUUUUGUUUGUUUUUUUAUAACAUAUGUUAACAUAGUUAUAAACGCAUCUGGAAGAAAAUGGAGGUGAGAGAAACUGUUUACUCUUUGAAUUCCGUUACGAGAGGAAAUGGUUGUGUGGCGCUGCUUCUCUCCCACAUGGCUCAUUGCUCUUUAAAGGUUAUACCAAACAAACACUAACUGUCCUGCAGAGGUUUGUAUUAGCAUUGGAAAUACCACCAGAAACCAAACAAUUAAGUCUUUCCUAUCCUUUCAGAAUUGAUAUUUUUUUAUAAGUUCCUACUCAAAACUGUCGGACAAAAAAUGUGGUUUGGUUUUUUUUUUGGUUUCUGAAAACAUUUACUGAUUCAGUAACACUGAAGGGGAAAUAAAUCCUGAGAACCAUACCAUCAAUUGCUGUCUGGGGAAAAGUACUUGUUGCCUGGCAACAGUCCUAAACUGUCUCAGGAACUACAAGCAGGUAUUCAGGCUUGUAGAUGUUGUAUUAUUCUCACAGCUUUAUCAUGCUUGCUCUCUCUGUUUGACUGGUUACAGUAUGUGGCUCAUAAUUCACAGAUUAAUGUAAAUUCCUCAGAUCCAUCGGAGCCAAAUGACAAAAUGCUGUAAGGAACUGAAUAUGGUUAAUAGUUAUUUAGUCACCUGUCAAAUGAACUCUACAACUUGUCCGUUAUAAAGUUAUUUCCAUGGCAAA